UUCCCCUGCGCAGCAGCUCGGUGUCAGUGUUGAUUCGAGGCUUCGUGGCUGACAUGGGCUGCGAGCUGCUCUACAGGAACGAGGAGCCGGGGCCCGUGGAGGCCGUGUUCAAGUUCCCCGUGGAUGCCGAGGCAGCUGUCUACGCCUUCCAGGCCCGUCUGGGGGGGGCCUGCAUCCAGGCCCAGCUCCACGAGAAGAAACAGGCGCAGGAGCUGUAUGGGGACGCGCUGGCCGGGGGGCAGAGCUCGUUCCUGCUGCAGCAGGAGGGGGCCGGGGGCGAUGUGUUCAGCUGCUCCCUGGGGAAUCUGCCCCCCGGGGAGGAGGCGGUGCUGACCCUGCGCUAUGUCUGCGAGCUGCCGCUGGAGCCUGACGGGGCCGCCCGCUACGUGCUGCCGACCGUGCUGCGCCCCCGCUACACGCCCCCGAACCCGGACUACACACCCCAUGGGUGGGACGGGGAGGACGUCACCCAGGGGGUCCCGCGGGUCCCCCAGGGGAAGCUGCCCUACACCCUGAGCCUGAGCGCCACGCUGCAGUCGCCCCACGGCAUCGACCGCGUGCUCUCCAACUGCCCCCUCACCCCCCUGAGCUAUACGGCCGGGAACCGAACCACUGCCCAGGUGUCGCUGGCCCAGGCCCCCCCGUGGGACCGGGACGUGGAGCUGCUCGUCUAUUAUGUGGAGCCACACAAACCCAGCGCGGUGCUGGAGGCCGGGCUGCCUGGAGCCAAGCCAGGUGGUGGAGGGGAUCCUGCACCCAGCUACCUCUGG